AUGAGUACUGAUUUUGAUAGAAUUUAUUUGAACCAAUCUAAAUUCAAUGGUAGAUUCCGUAUAGCGGACUCUGGUCUGGGUUGGAAAGUGUCUACUAGUGGUGGUUCUGCAUCUAAUCAAGCAAAAGCACCAUUUUUACUACCAGCCACUGAAUUAUCCACGAUUCAAUGGAGUAGAGGCUGCAGAGGUUAUGAGUUAAAGAUUAACACUAAAAAUCAGGGAACUGUGCAGCUAGAUGGAUUUUCUCAAGAUGAUUUUAAUCUUAUCAAAGGUGAUUUCCAUCGUAGAUUUAAUAUACAGGUAGAGCAUAAAGAGCAUUCGCUGCGUGGUUGGAAUUGGGGUAAGACUGAUUUGGCUAGAAACGAGAUGGUUUUUGCUUUGAAUGGUAAGCCAACUUUUGAAAUUCCUUACUCAAGAGUCAAUAACACUAAUUUAACCGCUAAAAAUGAAGUCGGUAUUGAAUUCAAUAUACAAGACGAAAGCUAUCAACCUGCAGGAGAUGAACUGGUUGAAAUGAGAUUCUAUAUUCCCGGUGUAAUUGAAAAUGACGAAGAAGGUAUCAAGAAAGAAGGUAUUAAGGAAGAAGUCGAAAAUGGUGAAGGUAUGGAAGUUGAUCAAGAGGAAGAAAAAACUAUCGCAGAAGCUUUCUAUGAAGAAUUGAAAGAAAAAGCUGAUAUUGGUGAAACUGCCGGUGAUGUUAUUGUUUCCUUCCAAGAUGUUUUCUUCGCAACACCAAGAGGCCGCUAUGAUGUCGAUAUUUACAAAGAUACUAUUAGAUUGAGAGGUAAGACUUAUGAAUACAAACUACAGCAUCGUCAAAUUCAAAGAAUUGUUUCAUUACCUAAAGCAGAUGAUAUUCAUCAUUUAAUUGUUUUGGCUAUUGAACCACCUUUGCGUCAAGGUCAGACAACAUAUCCAUUUUUGGUGAUGCAGUUUCAAAAAGACGAAGAAACUGAAGUUCAAUUGAACCUGGAAGAUGAAGAGUAUGAAAGCAAUUAUAAGGAUAAAUUGAAAAAGCAAUAUGAUGCAAAGACUCAUAUCGUCAUUUCACAUGUUUUAAAGGGUCUAACGAACCGUAGAGUGAUUGUUCCAGGGGAAUAUAAAUCAAAAUACGAACAAAGUGCAGUUUCUUGUUCUUACAAAGCCAAUGAAGGUUAUUUAUAUCCAUUAGACAACGCUUUUUUUUUCCUCACAAAACCAACGCUAUAUAUUCCAUUUUCAGAUGUGAGUGCCAUAAAUAUAUCGAGAGCAGGUCAAGGCUCAACUCUGUCAAGAACAUUUGAUUUAGAGGUAGUCUUACGUUCUAAUAGAGGUACCACCGCGUUUGGUAAUAUCAGUAAGGAAGAACAACCGCUAUUAGAGCAAUUUUUAGAAUCAAAGAAUUUGAGAGUUAAAAAUGAGGAAAAAGAAGCCCAAACAAGGUUACAAAAUGCUCUGGGCUCAGAUAGUGAUGAUGAAGAUCUUAAUAUGGGAUCAGCCGGUGAAGAUGAAGAGUCUGUAGAUGAAGAUUUCCAAGCAUCUUCAGACGAUGAUGAAGAUGUUGCUGAAGAAUUUGACUCUGACGUACCUUUGAGUGAUAAUGAGGGCAGUGAUGAAGAAAGGCCAAACAAGAAGGUCAAGACUGAAUAA